AUGGCAGGACGUCUGCCGUCUGCUUUUCGGAAGAGCGUCGCCCCGUCUUCGCAGCUAUCGGAUCAGCCCGUCCGUGUGCAAUUCCCGACCUUCCUCUUCUCAUUCUGCCCGCAUUUGGCUGCUGUGAACGCGUUUGGAAGGAAAAAGCUGCGUGCGAAGCCGCUUAGACAUUAG